UAAGCGAGAAGACGAACAGAACUUUUCACAGGGAAGCCCGGGAACAUCUCAAAUCCCAUCUCUUUCCUAUGAUUCUUCAAUCAAAAAGCCAAAACAAACAAACAGACAAUCACCACAAAAAAAUCGCACCUUUCCAUUCCCCCAACCUUCAUUAAUGGCGAAGAACAAACCUGAAGAAGAAUCCGACGCCGAAAUCUAACCAAAUAAUGUACAAGGAUAGCAACAACCAACGCGUAAAGGCGUGGGAGUCGACAGUCCGGCGAGCCCAAUUCUUAAACCAGCAGCAAUUCGGCCGCCGCCGCCGCGGCUUCCUCUUCUCCCCCAUGUCCGUCGCCCCUGACGACGACGAAUCCUCUGACCCCAACAACACCUCCCCCUCCACCUCCACCAACACCCCCGAAUCCUCCUCCUCCUCUUCUUCCGACCUCAUUGGCGACCUCUACUACGCCGAGCGCCUGCUCCCAAAUGGCGAUUUUUACACCGGCCAGUGGUCCUCCGCCGGAAUCCCUCACGGCAUCGGUAAGUAUCUCUGGACCGACGGAUGCAUGUACGAAGGCGAGUGGCAACGAGGCGUCACGACUGGUCAAGGCAAGUUCUCUUGGCCUUCUGGUUCGACUUAUGAAGGCGAGUUCAAAGCCGGGUUCAUGGAUGGUUAUGGCACUUACACAGGUUCACUUGGAGAUACUUAUAAGGGAGCUUGGUCCAUGAACCAUCGCCAUGGAUAUGGGACCAAAUCUUACUCCAAUGGCGAUUACUAUGACGGGGAAUGGCGUUCUGGUUUGCCCGACGGCCACGGCCGGUAUAUUUGGACAAACGGGAACGAAUAUUCAGGGCAAUGGCAAGACGGAGUUAUUAAUGGAAAAGGUUCGUUUACUUGGGCCGGCGGAAACAGGUUCGACGGCGGGUGGGAAGAUAGUCGACCCGUCGGCUCGGGUAGGUUCCGGUGGGCGGACGGCAGCCUUUACAUUGGAUUGUGGAAUAAGGAUUCGGAGGAAGAGCAGGAAGGUUUAUAUUAUCCUUCACAUACUGCGGCUGCUUCAUCUCAGCGCAACCCAAAGGAGUUCUUUUUAACCGCCUUAAGAGAAUGCAAGAUCUCCCCUUCCGAAACCGUAUCUAUUCUUCCAUCGCAGAAAUUGCUCAACUUCUCCGACGGGAAGCUUCCGCCGCCGGCGUGGCGUCGGGUUUCUGCGGAUUCGGCGGCAGCAGAACGUCAGAAAAGGGCGAACGGGAGGAAGCAUACUGUGAUUGGGAUUAAUGGCAAUGGGAAGAUAUGGGACUCAGAUGAGGGUGGAGAGGAGGGGGUAGGCGAGGGAAGGAGGUCAUCUUCAUCAUCAUCAUCGAAGAAUCAAUUGCCGGUGAUGUUGUCGCCGAAGCCGGCGAGGAAACAGGGGGUGACAAUAUCGAAGUGGCAUAAGAAUUAUGAGCUCAUGCUUAAUCUGCAGCUUGGAAUACGACAUGCCGUAGGAAGACAACCAGGACAACCAACAACGCUUGAUUUGAAAUCUUCAGCCUUUGAUCCCAAAGAGAAAGUCUGGACAAAGUUCCCUCCUGAAGGCACAAAGCAUACACCUCCACACCAGUCUUGUGACUUCAGAUGGAAGGAUUACUGCCCUUUGGUUUUCAGAACACUGAGAAAACUUUUCAAGGUUGAUGCAGCUGAUUAUAUGAUUUCAAUAUGCGGAAACGAUGCUCUUCGAGAGCUUUCAUCACCAGGAAAGAGCGGAAGCUUCUUUUAUCUGACCAACGAUGAUCGUUACAUGAUUAAGACCAUCAAGAAAUCUGAAGCUAAAGUGCUCAUUCGAAUGCUUCCAGCCUACUACAACCAUGUCCGAUCUUUCGAGGAUACUCUAGUAACAAAAUUUUUUGGUCUGCAUUGUGUGAAAUUGACCGGUGCUGCGCAGAAGAAGGUGAGGUUUGUCAUCAUUGGUAAUCUAUUCUGCUCUCAAUACGCCAUUCACAGGCGUUUUGAUCUUAAAGGAUCUUCCCACGGUCGCAUAACUGAUAAACCUGAAUCCGAGAUUGAUGGUACCACGACAUUAAAGGACCUCGAUUUAAAUUUCAUAUUCAGAUUGCAAAAACCUUGGUCACGUGAAUUCCGGAGACAAAUAGACAGGGAUUGUGAAUUCCUAGAACAGGAGAGGAUCAUGGAUUACAGUCUACUGGUGGGUGUUCAUUUCAGAGAUGCAGCAUUCGACAUGGGAUGUCCAAGUCCUUCCAUAUUAGACUCCAAUCUUACUGUUGCAGAGCGAUUAGGUGUCAAUCAGCAAGCAAGAGUUGAGCUGACGAUAAGAAGGAACGACUAUGAAACACAGUUGAUCGGCGAACCGACCGGCCAGUGCUAUGAUGUUAUAUUGUUCUUUGGUAUAAUAGACAUUCUUCAGGACUACGAUAUCAGUAAGAAACUAGAGCACGCUUACAAGUCCAUUCAUCUUGAUCCAACCUCAAUAUCUUCAGUCGAUCCCAAGCAAUAUGCAAAACGUUUCAGAGAUUUCAUAUUCAGAGCUUUCAUAGAAGACACAUGAAGCAUUUGUGUACAUAUAAACAUAUAACAUCUGUGGCAAGCGCUCCUGCAAUCUGUUCAUGUCUGAGGCUUCGUUUGGUUCCCCCCAACAUUUUUUUCGUUCUUAAACGGAUGUAUUACAACGGAGAAUCAGAAUUUUUUUUGUCUCAGAUCCACGAAAAUACAUAGGUGUAGCAAAAGGUGUUUUGAAAAAGUUGCGUAAACAAACAGUAAAAUAGUAACUUUUUCACCGAUUGAAAUCGAAAAUGGAAAACUUACGGCGAACCAAACAAGGCCUGAACUGAAGUGACAAAGAUUCAGAACCAUCAUCAACAGAGCUGCUCAGCCUGCCUUUUGCCUCUCAGCCGCUACGCCGUCUGUAAAUUAUCACCACGGACAACGAUCAGAGCUUACAGAGCGGCGAUCGGAGCACUUCGCUCGUGGCUUGAAGUAACUGCUCAGCUAGUGAUUCAACAUGAAAUAUGUGCAUAAAUGAUGAGUUGCAUAUUUACUCUUACUGAUAUAUGUUUCAUUGAGUACAGUGAGCAAGCAAGCCAGCUAGUGUUGGUAAAUUAUACACCACAGGGUAAACUUCUGCAACAUAACCAUUCUUUUUGUAGUUAGUUUUGUUUCUUCUCCUCAUUACCUCAUAAAGAACACUGAAGUUUUGUGGACAAAUGGAGAAAUAAACUUGUACAGGAGACUCAUUCUUUCAUUUACAGUCACCAGUCUCUUCUUCUGUAACUAUGAAUACAACUUAGUCUGUUUCAGCU